AUGGCAUCCAUGGAUUUUGGCAACACAGUGGUCCUGGACCAAACCCCAGCAGAUACCAAGGGCCCCACUGUAAUGGCUUAUAGUGGACAAAGUGGCUCAGGGAAGACUGAAGCCGCCAAAGCAAUUGUCCUGUACUUGUCCAGACUGUACCAACGAGGAGAAGGUCCUGGAAAAAAACAACCAUGUGAUGUGCUGCCCAUUCUAGAAAGCUUUGGAAAUGCAAAGACCGUCUUAAAUGAUAACUCCAGCCGCUUUGGAAAGUUCUUGCAUAUUUACCUGAAACAUGGAUUCAUGGUGGGUACAUCUAUCUCCCAGUACCUUUUGGAAAAGUCUAGAGUUGUUUUUCAGGGCCAUGGUGAGAGGAGCUUCCAUGUCUUUUAUGAGUUGCUUGCUGGACUGCCAAUAGAACAAAAGGAAGAGCUGUAUCUGCAGGAGCCAGAGACUUACUUUUAUCUCAAUCAGGGCAGAGUCUGUGAGUUUCCAGGAAAGGGAGAUGAUCAAGACUUUUGGGUCUUGAUGAAGGCUCUCCGGGUUAUUGGGCUCUCUGAUGACCAACUGACCUCCAUCUGGGCAGUGCUUGCUGGCAUUCUACAGCUGGGGAACAUUUGCUUUACCUCCUGUGAGAAAGAAUCCUUUGAGCUUGCAAUUAUUCCCAGUGAAACAGAAAUCCAGAUAAUUGCCAAUUUGCUACGUAUUUCUGCGGAUCUCCUUCAAAGAGCUAUCACCCAUCGGGUCACUGAAACAUGUUAUGACCAGAUAUUCACUCCAUUGUCAGUAGAAAGUGCCAUAGAUGCCAGAGAUGCUAUUGCGAAGGUUUUAUACUCCUUGCUCUUUGAUUGGCUGCUGAUGAAAAUCAAUGAAUGGCUAGCCCCACUGGAAAUGGACAGCACCAUUGGCAUUGUUGACAUAUAUGGCUUUGAGGAUCUUGGAGUGAACAGUCUGGAACAGCUGUGCAUUAACUUUGCCAAUGAACAUCUCCAGCACUGUUUCAGCCAGAUAGUUAUUGCACAAGAGGAGGAGGAGUAUACACAGGAAGACCUAAUUUGGAGUCCUGUAUCCAAGAUAUCUACAGAGUCCUGCCUGGACUUGAUAGCUGGAAGGCCACAUGGGAUCUUGCAUAUCCUGGAUGAUCAGACCUUAUUAUCACAGGCCACCAACCACACCUUCCUACAGAAGUGCCAUUACCAUCAUGCCAACAGUCCUUGGUAUGGCAAGCCAAAGCUGCCUUUGCCUGUCUUCACUAUCCAACACUAUGCAGGGCCUGUUACUUACCAGGUCCAUAAGUUUCUAAAUAAAAACAAUGACCAGCUCCAUCCAGAAGUUGUGGAUAUUUUCUUCCAAAGCCAUCUCAAGCUGGUUUCCAGACUUUUCCAGAGAGACAAGGAACAGCAGGCCAGCCUGAGAGAAGCAGGGACUAGACUCUGUGGGCUGAAGCCUCAAGCUUCUACAUUGGUGUCUAGAUUCCAACAAUCUUUGCAAGAUCUCACAGCUAAACUAGACAGGAGUCACAAUUUCUUUGUUCGGUGCAUCAAACCAAAUUCCAAAAAGGUAUGGUGCUCUGCUGUCUGGCCGAGAACAGAGCUGCUUGCAAGAGAGAGAUGGCUGUGUGGCAGUCCUUUCACAUGUGGUGUUCUUGAAGGAGAAAGCAAAACAGCUGCUAGAGAGACAAUGGAACCAGAAGCUGAGCUGGGCCAUUGUUACUCUGCAACGCAACCUCCGAAACCUCAUCAACCAUCGCCGGCACACUUCCGGGGCUACUUGGCAAGGAAACGUUACCAAAGACUGAAGAAGACCCUGAUACAACUUGGUGUGGCAAUGCUUGUCUCAAAGCCACUGGUGCAUAGAAAGAGGCAGUACCAGAGGCGUGAGGACAACUGGCAGAGAAACGAGUCACUGGUCAAAGGUGCUGAGGAGAACAGGAGAUACCUCAAAAUGGAUGUUCGAAGGCUGGAAAUCCCUGCUGAGCUUGCAGCUCUGCUUCGUUUGGCUGAUGGUCACCAGCAUGCCCAGGGAAACCAGGUCACAGAAGUCUCCUCUCCAGAGGUGAAAGCCAAGGCUGAUCUUUUUUUGCCACCUGAUAUCAACAGUUUCCCCUUCUCUACCUUUAUGAGGUCACAUUUCCAGGAAAUGAGUUUGCCUGCCCUUGGACACCCUCUGCAACAGCCUUUGACCCGACUGGAUGGGGAGCAGAAGCAAAUUGCCCUUCAGCUCAACAAAUUGAUCCUACGGUUUAUUGGUGACAAGGGCCUGGAGGUCUGGCAAGAAGAGGUUCUGGGGAAUUACCUAGCAAGCCAAGGCCUGGCCAGACCCUCCCUGCGGAAUGAGCUGCUGAGCCAGGUAGCCUCUCAGGUGUGGAAGAACUUGGACUUGGAACAGUGCCAGCGAGGAUGGAUGUUGAUGGCCACCCUCCUGGGGACUUUUGCCCCUUCUCCAGCUCUGGAGAAGCCCCUGCUAAAGUUUGUGUCAGACCAUGGCCUGGAGGGCUAUAACAGCAUCUGCCAGCGGAAACUCCUGAUGUCAAUGCAGCACAUGGAAAGAGACCCAGAGGUGUCCCGUAAUUUCCCACCCACCCAGCUGGAGUGGACCACCAACCAGAAGAAAGCCAAAAUGGUGCUGGAUGUCUAUACCUAUAAAGAAGAGAAGCUUUCAGCAGAAGUGGAGUCCUGGACAACAGGAGAGCAAUAUGCUGGGCAGAUCCUGAGUUCAAGGGGCCUGGAUAUGGUCCCCCGGGGGUGGACUGUGUCCAUGUUCACAGGCCAAGUGUGGCAGGACUUAGCAGGUUGUGACUUUGUGCUGGAUCUCAUUGGAGAACUGGAGGAAGGCAACUGGCCUUCCAGAUCCUCCUCGGAUUAUCCCAUAACUCCUGAACAGGAUGAAAGCUAUUCCCAGAGGACCUCCCCAGAUAGGAAACACUUGAACAUCCCCCCUGCACCAGAUAUUAAGGCCCCUUCCUUCCCACCUCCUUCAUUGCCUCCAGAAUUCAAUGGUGUUGCCUAUCCAGACCCAGGCAUUAAAGAUAGCCCAAGAUAUGCCAGAGGACUGGAUCAUUAUGUGGAUGGCCUCUUUAUGCCACUGCUCCAUCAAGGCUCCAGAAAUCACCCAUCAGAUUUGGACAAUGAGGCAAGUCUGAGUGGACGCAUGAAAGGAGGUGGGAAAAUUGGACCUGGUCAGCAAGGAGUUUUUCCAGGCUAUUCAGGAAUGAUGACCAUGCCAACAUACCAACCUAUGCACGUCAUGGGAGGAAUGAUGCCUGCACUAGGUGGAAUGGGAACAAUGCCAGGAAUGAUGAUGCCCCAACCUCAGCCUGUAGUCCCAACAGUGGAUCCCAGCCAGGUGGCAGCACAGCAACAAGCCUUCAUCAACCAGCAAGCCUUGCUCCUGGCUCAGCAGAUGACUCUUCAAGCCAUGACACUCUCUCAGCAGCAGCAAGGGCAACAACGCCUGCAAAGAGAGAGAUCUCCUGAGUUUCCAGGAUCAAGGCGAUCACCAUCAAGGAGGAGAUCUCCAGAACCUUCAAGAUCAUGGAGAAGGUCACCACAGAGGUCCCCUGAAAUUUCAAGGCAGAGGAGAAUGUCACCAAAAAGAAGGUCACCUGAACAUUCAAGGCCAAGAUAUGUAUCACCCCAGAGAAGGUCACCUGAAUUUUCAAGGACCAGACAAGCAUCAUCACGGAAACAAUCAUCUGACUCUUCAAGGCAGAAACAAGAUUCUCCUCCUCCACCCCACCCAGCUCUAGCUAAACCCAAGCAUUCCAACAGUAGCAACAACACAGUGUCUCUUCCUGACCGACCCGAAUUUCCACCUGAGAGACCAGAGCUGAUUCACAUCUACCAAGAAAAGGAGAACUCAGACCUCAAAGCAGACUCCCUUUCAAGAGAAACUUUCCAGAAGAAAAUUGAGUACUUCCAAAGAAUUGGGCAACCAAGUCCUAUGAAGACAGUCAUUCCCCCAUCAAAGAAUAGGAGUCCUCCAAAGAAACUGCAGUCAGAGGAUCAAGAGAAGCCUCAAAGUGCUAUGCCUAAAGUAAAUGCAGGCUUGUCAGUUUCUACACAAAAGGGGAAAAACCAAGUAACAGAAACCCAGGAGGACCAUCCCUUUCAGAAGACACAAAAUCCAGAACCAAGUCAGGAAAUACGGAACAUUGUUAAAACUCAUAAGGAACGUCCAGUCCUGCUACCAAAACCUGCCAAGCCUCUUAGAAAUGUUUCUCAACCCUUUGUGAAGAAGCAUGAUCCCAAGGAGGAAGCUCUGGCAAAGCUGGGGAUUGCGGGAUGGUGUCCUUCACCGCCCUCCACUCCAUCACCAGAGAGGAGCCCUUCACUGCCGUCUCCACCACCACCACUGCCACCACCUACCAAGCUCUCAGACUCCAUCAAAGAAAAACAAUUGCCCCUCAUGAAGCUUUUCACUCAGCCAUCACCAGCCUCAGUGCUUCCUCCUCCUGUGCAGACACCUCCCCUGCCUGCACCAUCCAUUCCUACAGGCUCAGCCAGAUCAAUAGAUGAAGACACCAAUAUCAAAACCCAGCUUUUCAGUCUCUCUGCUAGUGUCAGCUUCUCCUAUGCUAAUCCUGCCUGGAAAAUCUUCCUGCGCAAAGAGGUUUUUUAUCCCAAGGAAAACUUCAGUCACCCUUAUUACUUGAAUCUAUUGUGUGACCAGAUCAUCACAGACACUUACUCAGAGUCUUGCAUUCGGAUUUCCAGAGAGGAGAGGCGCAAGAUGAAAGACCUGUUAGCGGAGUUCAAGGUAGGCAUGGAUGCCAAAUCAAUUCCAGAAGAUGGGAUAAAGAAGAGGAUUGUGGUGGCUGCACGAGAUAACUGGGCCAACUAUUUCUCUCGCCUUUUUCCAGUUCAGGGAGAAAGUGGGAAUGAUGUCCAGAUUCUGGGUGUUUCUCAUCGAGGGUUGCAGCUGUUGAAAAGAGCAAAGGAAGUCAGCUUCAGCCCUGAACAUUUGAAGAUCCUUUGCAGCUACAGUUAUGCAGACGUGCUGUCUUUAGAGCUGAUGAGUCGGAACAUCCUUCACUUCUCUCUGAAGAAUGAGCAGCUCAUCUUUCAUUCUCCAAAGGCUGGUCAGAUUAAAGCCAUGGUGGAACUCUUCCUGCAUGAACUGAAGCAGGACUCCAAGUAUGUCAUUGCACUGCGUAGCUACGUAACAGAUGACAAGAGCCUCUUAAACUUCAAGAAAGAUGACUUCAUCCGGAUAGUGCCCAUAGAGGGCCUGGAGCCAGGCUGGCAGUUUGGUUCUGUUGGUGGUCGCUCUGGCCUUUUCCCUUCUGGCAUGGUGCAGCUUGUGGCACCUCCUGAUUACCUCAGCCUCCAUAUGAAUCGUCACGAAGAGGGCAGGAAGAGUGUAAGGAGAGGCACACCAGAGAGAAUCAUUAGCAAGGAGCACUCUGCACCUCCCAUGGCAUCAGAGGUUGGUAGCACUAGAACAUCUACCCACACUGCCGACACUUGCCACUUCACUAUGACUGAGUUUGCAGUGGCCCAUUUCCGGGAAGCCCAGCCCAUGCUGGGUUGGAAGGAGAUGAGUGCUGAAGAGAAGGAUCCAGCUCUCUUGGUUCAGCAUACGAAGGUACCAAUCCAGGGAUCACUCCUCUUCUUCUCUGAUGGCGAGAUGAAUGACCUGGCUAAAAAAGCUUUUAUGACUCUAAUGAGAUUCAUGGGAGAUGGGCCAGCCAUCAAAGGCCAAAAUGAGGUUGAUUACAUCUAUGAAAUCCUCCAGCUCUGCAAAGAAAAGGAGAAUUUGCAUGAUGAGAUUUAUUGCCAGGUCAUCAAGCAAAUCACCCAGAACCCUCAUCAAGACAGAAGCCACCGUGGCUGGCAGCUCCUGAGCCUCUUGACUGGCUACUUCCUCCCUUCCAGCAAUUUGAUGCCUUAUGUCACCAAGUAUUUGCAGCAGGCCAGCUCUGAAAGUGCCAACCCCUGCAAAGAAAUGGCCCGAACUUGCCAGAGCAACUUGAGAAAAAUGGUUUUGAACGGAGGCCGGAGACACUUGCCAUUCCGUGUAGAGAUGGAAGCAUUUUUGAAGGGACGGAGCUCACACCGGAUAUCUAUCAACUUACCUGGAGGACAGCAGUAUCCCACAAAAAUUAAAACUUUCACAGUUGCUGCAGAUGUGAUAAAGGAAAUCAGUGAACAGAUGGGAAUCACAGAGCCAGAAGAGAUUCAGGAAUUUGCCAUCCUUGUCAACAGAAAAGAUGGCAAGGUGGUACGGCCCUUGCACCAGAAGGAGUACAUCCAUGACUACUUGCUAGAGGACAGUUUGGUAGGGCUGAAUUUCUGCAGGAUCACCUGGAAGAUACCACUGCACUUUGAGAACGAGAAUUAUAUCAAUCUUCAUUACAAUCAGGUACUGCAGAAUUAUAUGAAAGGAACACUAAUGUUACAGUACAACCGUGAACUGGAACAACAAGUGGGUACCUUAGCUCUGCUUCAACACUGGGCUAGAGGACUUGGAUCAACCCCUUCCAUACAAGAGCUAAGAAGCUACAUUCCUGAUCCUGUGGCACAAUUCAUCAACCCAGAAAUCACUGAAGACUUUAUCACCCAUCAUCUGAAACUAUGGCACCCACUUGAACAGCAGGCUGCAAAAAUAAAUUUCAUUGAGCAUGUGGUCCAAUUUCCACUUUUUGGUUAUAAUGUUUACCCUGUGAAGAGGAUCAGUACACCUGGGUUGCUCAUGCCCUGCUUUAUAGGAGUGAAUCAGGAACAAAUCAUUGUAGUGGAUGAGAAGCUCCAGAACAUCCACUGCCGAAUUCCACUGAGGGAGGUGAAGAGGAUGAAGACCUUGCGCCCCCUGGAUGAAUCAGGAAUGCCUGGCCUAGAAGUGAACUACGGCUCACCAGAACAACCUAAAACUAUAUGGUUUGAAUUGAAACAGGCUAAAUUACUGUACCGUACAAUUGCCAUAAUUGCAGAAGAAGCAACAGAGUCCCACGUUUAGUAUCAACCAACAGAAGACUACAUCAUUUUUUCUCCACUUCAAAAAUAUUCCCAUAUUCCCAAUGUUACCAGAAAUGUUUUUGUUGGGCAUUUAUGGAUAGAGACCUGGAUAGUAAAUAUGGAUUACUUCUUCAGUAUAUGGCCACAUCAGCAAAACUAUUGUUUGCUCAAAAUUAGAAACAGGCCGAAGCACUGACAAUAGAAGAAUGGUUGGUUAAGGUUGCUGACUAGUAAAAAAAGCUGUACCCACCUCAGUUCAGGUGCUGUUGGAACACACCACAUACAACUGUUUUUACUGUGAAAGAACUUCUUUUAGGCUUUGAUAUGAUAUAUGAAAACUCAUUUUUUACUCUGUAGUUUCCAGGGGAAAGGGUUUUUCUUUUGUGUGUGUGUGAUGUGUAUCCUGCUGGAUCAAAUGUGGCUUAGGAAGUCAGGUAGUUUAGUGUGGGUGGGGGGCAUCCUCCACCUGGCAAACUUUUGCCAUUUUUUCCCCCUUUUUCACAAUAAAUCUGCCCAAGGAACAAAUCCAGCCUCUCUUCUCCUACAGGCAGAAUUUGUUUCUGUCUCACAUCAAAGCCCUGGGGUUGCUUUCCCUGCUUCUGAAAAAUCCUAGCAACUGGAAGCACUUGGAAAGGAGGCAAGAGAAGCAGCACCAGCCAAACAUCACACCAAGAAGAACGAGCUUGUUCUGUAGAUACCAGUCUUAAUUCAGUUAAGAAUUUGGAGUGGAAAGGGAAAUGAGGGAAGAAACAUUUUGUUUCUUUCUUCUUCUUGGGGCUACCUGUGUUGAGAAGUUCCUUCACUUACAUACUGUGGUGGAAAGGGGACUGGAUGGAGGAGCCAUCUAAUGAGAGUGCAAGGUGGGUGGUAAUAUUGACAGAAAAAUGAGAAAGGCUGAUGGCUGACAGGUUUAUACAUGUUAGGAAGGGGAAAGGUGCACGAAAAGAAACAUCCCUUUGUACUGAUUCAAAUUUGGCUAGGGCAAUGUGGCUAUUUAUAUAAUGUGAGUCUGGAUUUUUAUGAGCCAAUGUAGCAUAAAUAGGGUAAAAUCUGGGCAAAAUACCCCACAAUGGAUCUGGAUUAUUUUGCUGGUGUGGAUUCAGCCUGAGUUAGCAAAAUGGCCAAAUUAAUGUGGGCUCUAAAGGUUAAGCCAGUUAAUGAUGUUGAAAGACUGGGAAUCAUUUAUGGACUUUUUGAGCAAAAAGAAAUAUAAGAAAAUAAUCUGUGGUUAUAAAUAUUAAUAAUUUUAGUAGAAUUAUUUAGUUGGAUUUGUAUUAGAAAAAUAUCCCCCUUCCCCCUUUUUAUUAUAGUCAGGAUUGAAGGGGGGAGGCAGACUCUUACUGUGUAUUUAGUUUUUUCCCCUCUUUCUUCCUCCUCCCCCAUUCCAAUUUCUUUAUCUUUGAUUGUAUAUGCUUUUGAUUGAAAAUUAGAUUGCCUUAAAAACUAAAAAAACACUAAAUCUCAAAAUAAUCCCUACAUUGCUCGAGUUGUGUAAUAGCCAUGUGCAGUCUUAAUCAAUCAAUCUUUAUGGGACUUUUUUAUCCAACCUCUGUAUACAACCAUCUACCUUCUGACUGAGGAUUAAGUGUACAGUGUACAUUUAGGUAGAGCUGCCCUUUCCCUAUGAGACAUGAUUUCAGUUGUUCCUUAACUACUGCUGCUUCAAAAUGUGCAGGAAUAGGAUAGGCAAAAAAAGUCCCAUGUGAUCUACACUGGACGGCAAGUCAUAUCUGUCAAGGAAAAAGCAACAUGGGUUAUACAGUAAAUGAAAUAAAACAUGUAUGUGAGAGUCAGGGUGACUCAGCAGAAGCCAAUUGAGAACCACA